AUGAAUAAUUUGGAGGUGGUGAGGCCGCCAAUUGAGAAGCCGGGGAUUGCGGGAGAAUAUGAUUUAUCACGAAGAUGUUGUAGAACACCUCUGUUGAUAGAUUGGCCAAUCCUUGGCAUGUUACCACAAGUCCUUAGCAACUUGUGCCAUAUCCAUGAUUUUGUAACUAAUGUUUUGAGACAAAGAGGUGGCACCGGUGAAUUCAUGGGACCAUGGUUCACCAAAAUGAACUGCAUGGUGACUAGUGACCCCAUGAAUGUUCAUCACAUAAUGAGCAAGAGUUUUGACAACUAUGUCAAGGGCGGCCCCGAGUUUCGCGAGAUUUUCCAAGCUUUCGGAGACGGGAUGGAGGAUGUGAAGAAGCUAGUUUACCUACAUGGUGCUCUAUGUGAAGAUUUGAGGCUGUUUCCACCUGUUCCUAUUAAACGUAAACAAUCAUUGAAACGUGACACAACACUUCCUAGUGGUCAUUGUGUUAUUGAUCCAAAUACAAUUAUUUUGUUGUUUACUUAUGCAAUGGGAAGGUUUGAAGAGAUUUGGGAAAAAGAUUGCUUGGAGUUCAAACCAGAUAGAUGGAUUUCAGAGAAAGGAGAAACAAUACAUGUUCCAUCUUAUAAGUUUUUUAGUUUUAACGCAGGUCCAAGGACAUGCAUGGGAAAAGACUUAUCUUUUAUUCAAAUGAAAAUGGUGGCAUCUACUCUUUUGCGCAAUUAUCAUGUACAAGUGGUGGAAAAUCAUCCUACUACCCCAGCUCAUUCCACUGUGCUUUUUAUGAAGCAUGGCUUGAAGGUUAUCAUAACAAAAAGACAAUUUUAA